AUGAAGUCUCUUACAAGUAUCGCAGCGGCCUUAGCAAUUUUCGCCGGCAGUUCCUCAGCAUCCCCCACCUCGUACUGCAACGGCAAAUCCAACAAGAUAUGCUACACCUGGGCCGUCCCAUCCUCAACAGCCUCGUCUAGUUCUGGCAAAUUGUUCAUCCGUAUCCAAGCUCCCGUGGAAUACCAAUGGGUCGGCCUCGGCACCGGCGAUAAGAUGAGCGGCUCCACCAUGUUCGUCAUCUACCAAGACGGUACUGGUAAAGUUACCUUAAGCACGAGGAUGGGCCAUGGCCAUGAGAUGCCGGAGCAUAGCCGCAUGCGCUCUGUGAGGCUCAUCGAGGGCAGUGGUGUCGUGAAUAAGACGAUGGUAGCCAAUAUCCAUUGUGGCAAUCUCGGAAAUAUGCACUUUGAAAGGUCGAAUCACUGGAUCAGUGCUUGGAAGACUGGAAGUUCUUUGCACACGACUGACAUUGAUGCUGACAUAGAAGAACAUGAUGGACACAACAGCCUCUCAGUUGACUUCUCCGAAGCUGUUAUAAGUUCUAACAGCAACCCUUUCCUUCACAUGACAACUGCUACACCGAAUGGUGCAGCGUCUGGCAGCGGGGGAGACGGCAAUACCAGCACCAUUCACGGUAUCAUCAUGUCGGUGGUCUUCCUGUUGGGCUACCCGCUGGGAUCGCUGUUGAUGCCUAUAAUCGGAAAGUGGUUCAUCCACGCUACGUGGCAGAUGGUCGUCUUUGUCGGCAUGUGGGCUGGGUUUGUUACCGGCAAGUUGGCUGCUGACCGUACCGGUGUUUGGUUCAACGCCCCGCAUGUAAUCAUCGGCACAGUAGUCUGCGGUUUGAUGGUUAUCCAGCCAAUCUUGGGAGGGCUACAUCACAGGAACUUCGUCAAACAUCAGCGUCGGACAGGCAUCAGCCACGCUCAUAUCUGGUACGGCAGAGCUCUAAUGAUCCUUAGAAUUGUCAACGGCGGGCUCGGUCUGCAGCUUGCUGGUGCAUGUAUGAAGCUUAUUAUUGGCUAUGGCGUGGUUGGUCUCGUAACAUUCUUGAUGUACACCGCUGGGGCUGUUCGCAAGAUGCUGAGAGGAGCGAAGAAGCAUCAGCAUGAGCCUCUAAAGUACAAUGGCUCUUAUAGUGCGGUGGCCUUGAUUUGA